GUGCCCCGAGGGGGUGUCACGUAACUUUAGCAGACGGGACUUUAGGAGAGACAUAAGGUUCGGAUCCGGCAUCGACCAGGCCUUAAGUUAUAAGGCUCCGCAGUCCGCGCGAACCCGAUGAAGUAUAGCAGACGCAUCAACGGCGGUCUCGCGCUUGCCUCAUUAUUUCCGAAGGUUCGAUUGGAUUGCGGGCGCAGAUUUGUGAAUGGAUCAGCCGCUCAAGUGUCAAAAAUGAUGGAUGAAAAGAAUAGCUGUCCGCUCACCUUCGAGGUACGGGCUGAGUGUCCGGUCAGCAAGGCAAGGACCGGUUAUAUGCAACUUGUCCAUCACCACGUGGAUACUCCGGUUUUCAUGCCCGUUGGCACUCAGGGUACUUUGAAGGGUUUGCUUCCACAACAAUUGGAAGAUCUGGAUUGUCAAAUUAUAUUAGGAAAUACUUAUCAUCUUGGAAACCGACCGGGCCCGGAUGUUCUUGACCAAGCAGGAGGUUUACACAAGUUCAUGAACUGGAAAAGAGCUUUGUUAACAGAUUCUGGUGGAUUUCAAAUGGUAUCAUUGCUGAAGCUUGCUCAUAUUACAGAAGAAGGAGUAAACUUUACCAGUCCUUUUGAUGAAUCCAAAUGCAUGCUGACUCCUGAGAGGUCGAUUCAAAUACAAAAUUCAAUUGGUGCUGAUAUUAUUAUGCAAUUGGAUGAUGUAGUACACAGUACUACAAAAGGCCCAAGAGUAGAAGAGGCCAUGCAUAGAACAACUAGAUGGUUAGACAGAUGUUUGACUGCACAUGAAAGACCAUCUGAACAAAGUAUUUUCCCUAUAGUGCAAGGAGGACUGGAUCCAGUUUUAAGAACUGAAUCAGCUAAGCAGUUAAUACAGCGUAAAGUUAAUGGCUAUGCAAUUGGUGGACUUAGCGGGGGAGAGAGUAAGCAUGACUUCUGGAAAAUGGUACAUCUUACAACAGAUAUUCUUCCAAAAAAUAAACCUAGAUAUUUAAUGGGAGUUGGAUUUGCUGUGGAUUUGGUAGUAUGCAGUGCAUUAGGAGUUGAUAUGUAUGAUUGCGUUUUCCCAUCAAGAACUGCUAGGUUUGGAUGUGCGUUAGUACAUACUGGUCAGUUGAAUUUAAAACAAGGUCAAUAUGCUGUGGACAAGAGGCCCAUCGAUGAGACAUGCACUUGUAGCACUUGUAAAACUUAUAAUAGGUCUUACAUUCAUCAAAUUGUGACUAUUGAGACUGUGGCUUGUCAUAUACUAACUGUUCAUAAUAUUGCAUUCCAAAUGAGACUUAUGAGAGAAAUUCGUGAAAGUAUUGAAGAAAAAAGAUUUCCUAAAUAUGUUCAAGAUUACAUGCUGAAAGUUUAUCCUGAAAAAAAUUAUCCAGAAUGGAUUGCUGAUGCUUUAAGAGCAGUAAAUAUCGAAUUAUUGUAACUUAAUCAUAGACUAUCUGUACUUUUUCUUAAGAAUUAAAAUUGUUAACUAUUUUUUAUAAA